ACCCAAAUCGGGCAGCGUUUCACAGUUGUCGCUCACAAAGCGUUGUAAUUACACCGAGCAGCGGCAGCGGCCGUCCGCAUCACGCGCAAUCACACCCAUCCUGCACUUUUACAAUAGCAGUCGCUGCAACCGCUUACAACACGCGAAUAAAAUGAUAAAUACAAUUUUCAUAACGAUGUGCCUCAUCACAGCCGCAGUCGCACAGUCGAACGGUGAAUUCUGGUGGCUCAACGAUCACGUCAAAAAGCUACACGGAGCAGACAUCCCGCCGGCCAAGUUCGAACAACUCAAUCAAUACGACAACGAUGAAAAUGAUAAAGUGGUGUUCGGUAAUGAUAUAGAAAUCAAAGAACACAAAUUAGCCAGGGAAAGAAAUAAGAGUGACGUUAUUGAGCUCCACUUUCCUCAUCCGGAUAAAUUGGUUUCGCCACAACAUGUGAAUAACAAUGAAAGUAUUGGUAAUUAUGAACUGAACAGUAGUAACGCUAUGAAGUAUCGUGUGAAUGUAACUGAAAGACAUAAUGAUGAAUUCAGAUUUCACUUUCCUGAUGAUUCCGAAAUAUGGAAUGAUAAUAACAACAAUUCAAGCCAACUUAUAGAUGCCGCUCCAACUGAUGUUAAUGAAGAAAUACAUUUUGAGCCCAGUGAAGAGGAAAUUGGAUAUGCUGAAAGCAUUUGUUCGUAUUUAGAAGAAAAACAGUGUGGACAAAAAGAUGGAUUUAUUUACAAAGAUACAAAACGGUCAAAAAAGCCUGAAUUACCCUCCAACAAAAAACAACUGGUUUGUUGCAUCCUACCACUGAAAGUAAAACCGAAAAAGCCAAGUCUAGUAUUUCCUGAAACGCGGGCUAGGAUUGUAUUCCGAUAUAAACGCUCCAAUACUGAUGACCGGGCCCUGAAUCAGAGAAAAAACAUUCUCGAUCGGAGGUUCUAUUCACAAUACCAAAACUUCAUUCCGAUUACCCAAAGUCACGUGACCAAAAGAAUAGUAACCCAUGAUGAUGACUAUGACGAUCCUUAUGCAAAUAUUAAAAACAUCGCUUUCAAAACCCCGGUAACUCCAUAUAAGAAAAGGCCUUUUACUACAUCAACUUUCGGCUACAAUGACUAUGAUGAUACUUCCGAAGAUUAUGCCGAUGAACUGCCCAAGCCUGGACUUAUAGGAUUAUAUUCCGAUCACGGGAAUCCAGGAUCUUGGAUGUUUGUGAAUAACGAUGAUGAUGAUGAUAACGUUGGAGAUGAAUAUGAUGAUUUUGGAUAUGGGGCUUCAGUUUCUACAGUAGACCCGCGAUUAGAUCGGCUAGGACCUAAACCUACCCAGAUUCCCAACAGACGCAAGACACCAUCAAAGUAUACAAGUACAUCCGAAGAAACCGAUUACCGAUCUGGCAGUGAAACAAUUAGUUAUCAGUCGAAUCCAGACUUUAAACUUCUGCAAGGCUUCAAGCUUUUAAACUUAGUAAGGAAUAAAAGUCGGAUCUAUACAAAGAAUUCAAGAAAGUCAUCCACGGAAAGUGUAGUAAGUGAAGAUGGUCCGGAAUCUUUGCUAGACAAUGUUGGAGGUGACACAACUUCAACAGACUUUGAAGAUUUGCAUGAUCUGGACAAGCAAGUGUUCAAAGAAUGUGGAAAAGUUUCUAAGCAGAAAGUUUACACUGGUAGGUUGGAUGUCUAA